UGGUGUGUGUCAUACGAAGCCACACCUUUCGCUGGUCUUGCCUUCCCUACCCAGGUCAAAUAUGUAAGAGGGGAAGAGCAGCAAACUGUACGUUAUUCUCACUAAACCUCUGUCACAUCCCUCGCACCUGAAAUACCCAGCGUAAACCAUGUCUUUCACUCCAAAUCCAUACAGCAAAACCCAAACAGUCACAACUUCAAGCACUAGAUCCACUAAAUCCCUGCUGAAGGACAAUAGCUGGAUUAAGACAAACGUGAACCAGGAUGAACAAGUCGAACGGGAUUCGAAUUUCGGCAAAAGCGUCCUGAGUCGCUACAAGUCCAACGAAAACCUCGUCAGCCCUCAGGACAAAACUAGCAAAACCGAGAGCAAAACCGGCACCGUCUCCACUUCGUCGGGCACCUCUGUCCAAGCUCUCUCUAAAAGAUUCGGUGGCAGCCAGGACAAACUGAACGAAACCAGAACCACAGGAACUAAAACAACCGUGAAAACGGAGCCGAGGAGAAGCUCUACUUCUACAACAACGACGACGACGGUUAAAGAGGGCCAGAAGAUAACCGAGACAACUGUGACCACUACCAAGCAGGAUGUGGUGAAGACGUCUACUAAGUCUGAAACGCUCGCUGAUAAAGACGCCAAGAGCUCCAGUGGUUUCAAAACUGAGGUCAUUACUGUCAAGUCAUCAAAGGACACUGUCGAUGGACCGGCCUCACCGGUCAAGACCACCACAAGCAUCAAAACCUACACCAAAGAGGAACCUGCACCAACUAAAACAACGUCGUACUCCGUCCGGUCCACAAAGAGGACUGAGGAUCAACUGUUUGAUACCCUCAUACCAACACCCAUCAAAUCAGUAAGCACUAAACCUGACAGCAGUGACUCCAAGACUGAGGUGGUUACCGUGAAGACGUCGAAGGACAUCAGCGACGUACCAACUUCACCUGUCAAGACCACUACCAGCAUCAAGACCUACACCAAGGAGGAUGUUUCCCCAAUUAAAACAACGUCCUACAGCACAAAGAGUGACUCCAAGACUGAGGUGGUUACCGUGAAGACGCUGAAGGACAUCAGCGACGUACCAAGUUCACCUGUCAAGACCACUACGAGCAUCAAGACCUACACCAAGGAGGAUGCUUCGCCGAUUAAAACAACGUCCUACAGCACAAAGAGUGACUCCAAGACUGAGGUGGUUACCGUGAAGACGUCGAAGGACAUCAGCGACGUACCAACUUCGCCUGUCAAGACCACCACAAGCAUCAAAACCUACACCAAGGAAGAUGUUUCGCCAGCUAAAACAACAUCAUCUUAUUCUGUCCGAUCCACAAAGAGCACCGAGGAUCAACUCUUCGAUACCCUCAUACCUUCAUCAAUCAAGUCAGCCAACGCAAAAGCCGACAGCAGUCGCGAGGAUGUGUCCGUCUCCAAAUCCAUCAGAACCGUGUAUUCAUCAAACGAGAGAGAUGAGUGGAGUACGGUCUCGAGUCCUUCUUACACCAGGACGUCAUACACAGAGAGCAGACCUGUUGAUUACCUGUCGGACACGCUCACAUCAAAAACCACCACCACUGUGUACGCUCCGCCGGAAAGGGUAGUAAGUGGGAAGGACAUCUGCACAGUCUGCCGUAAAAACAUGUACACGGAUGAAAAGAUUGUCCUGGACGAUAUGAACAUCAACUGUCACGCAAGUUGCUUCAAGUGCGGGGUGUGUAACGUGUCUCUGGGGCACCUGAAGGCAGGGGACAGUUUGUGGGUGUACCGUCGGGCCAUUCACUGUGAAAGCUGCUUCGGUGUCACUAAGGGCAAAUGGCUGCACUGAAACAACGUUUAGCAGUAACAGAGUGAUGUUAUGAGAGAUGGCAAAUAUACUUGCCUCCUCCAAAACUUUCCCAUGGCUUUGAUUUGGACUCCUAUCAAACAGUUUAUGGUGGUGGACUUUCGUCUGAUAAUAGACUUUGGGGUUUAUUAAUUGCAUUGAUUGCUAUUCUCCCCAGUAAUGCGACAAGGCUCUUAUCUGAUUACCGAAAUAAUAAGAAUACUAUUUAAAAAGAAUAUUUUUCCUAAUACAUAAUAUUGAAUAUUUUUGGAGAUGCUUUAUAUUUUUCUUCAAUUUUGUUGUAUUAUUGAAGCUUAUAUGGUGAGAAAUGUCAUAAUAAAGUUUUCAUCUGAUUGUU